AUGGAAGCGGAAGAUGGUUUUCUCACGGAAAAGGCGCGAAAAGCGGAGAGAAAGCUGAAUUGGGCUCCUUGGGAUAACGACGCCUGGAAUGUGCUGUUCAGAGAAGCCCAAAAUCAGCGAAUUCAAAAGGCGAGGAAGACUUACGAGAAAAUGGUGGAGAAAUUUCCAACUUGCGGGAAAUUCUGGAAGCAGUACAUCGAACACGAGAUGAAAAACGGAAACUACGAAAAUGUAGAAAAGCUGUUCAAGCGCUGUCUCGUCUCAGUGCUAAAUCUUGAUCUGUGGAAGGUUUACUUGGCGUACAUCCGCGAGACCAAGGAUAAACAUCCCACCUAUCGCGAGAAAAUGAGGAAAGCGUACGACUUUGCCAUUGAUAAGAUCGGCCUCGAUCUCCAGAGCUACCCGAUCUGGAAUGAUUACAUCAACUUCAUGCGCAACAUCGAAGUGCAAGGCAGCUUUGCCGAGAAUCAGAGAAUCUCUCAUGUGCGCAAGAUCUUCCAGAGGGGAGUCGUCACGCCUAUGUCGAACAUCGAGAAUCUGUGGAAGGAUUACAACACAUACGAGCAGUCGAUUAAUCCCCUGAUUGCCAAGAAAAUGAUUGACGACAAAAACAAAGAGUACCUGAAUGCUCGGCGGGCGACGAAGGAGCUCGAGGUGCUCCAGAGGAAUUUGAUGAAGAGCGCGCCAGCUCAACCAGCGACCGGCGGCAUCGACGAACGCAAGGUCGUCGAAUCGUGGCGCAAAUAUAUCGAGUGGGAAAAGGGAAACAAUCUUCGUAUAGAAGACAAGCACCUCCAGACGCGGCGAGUGAUGUUCGCUUACGAACAGUGUUUGCUCGUACUCGGCCACCACCCUGAAAUGUGGUACGAAGCGGCGCAGUUCCUGGUUAGAUCCUCGCAAGAGUUCAUCGACGCGGGCGAAAUGCACGCCGGAAAACGUCUGGGUGAUGAAGCCGCUGAACUUUACAAGCGCGCGACUGGACAGCUGAUGAAAAGGAAUCCUCUGUUAUGGGUUGAAAACACUCAUGAUAAGUGCCAGUCAAAAAUUAGCAUUCUUUACCCUCCUAUUUGA